ACCGGCUCAUAAGUGCUCAGUUUACCCGCAGACACAGCACUAUUGAGGCGGUCUCUGCUCCAGACAGCACCGCCGACUCUCUGCGCUCCUCUUCCCAUUAACUAAACCUCUGCUCCGGAUCAGAGAUGGCUCCAACGGCCGCGCUUGUUGCCCUGUUUUCGCUUGUGCUGUCCGGUGUGUCGGCCGGGGUGUUUUUCAACCAGAAACAGCCUUGUUAUGUCCGCACACCGAGGAAAGACGACUUUGGACUCAAGACCGCACCUCGUCCUCAUGAGUAUUUAAACGUUACUGAUCUGCCCAAGGCGUGGGACUGGAGGAACAUCGAUGGUGUCAACUAUGUCAGCACGACCCGCAACCAGCACAUUCCCCAGUACUGUGGCUCCUGCUGGGCACACGGAAGCACCAGUGCCAUGGCAGAUCGCAUCAACAUUAAGCGGAAAGCAGCAUGGCCAUCUGCCUAUCUCUCCGUCCAGCAUGUGAUCGACUGCGGUGAUGCCGGCAGUUGCCAUGGAGGAGAUCACAGCGGGGUUUGGGAGUACGCUAACAAACAUGGGAUCCCAGAUGAGACCUGCAACAACUAUCAGGCUAAAGACCAGAAGUGCAAGCCCUUCAACGAAUGCGGCACCUGUACCACUUUUGGAGUGUGUAAUAUUGUGAAGAACUACACUCUGUGGAAAGUUGGAGAUUUUGGAGCCGUCACCGGGAGAGAGAAGAUGAUGGCAGAGAUUUACGAACGAGGACCGAUCAGCUGUGGGAUUAUGGCCACAGACAAGCUGGAUGCGUACACUGGAGGUCUGUACUCUGAAUACCAGGACGAAGCUUACAUCAACCACAUUGUGUCCGUGGCAGGUUGGGGAGUAGAGAACGGCGUUGAAUACUGGAUCGUACGCAACUCCUGGGGAGAGCCAUGGGGUGAGAAGGGCUGGCUCAGGAUCGUGACCAGCGCCUACAAGGGAGGCAGCGGCAGCAAGUACAACCUGGCGGUGGAGGAGGACUGCAUGUACGGAGACCCAGUUGUCCCUAAAGCCUACCUCUAGAGGACCUGGGUGUCAGGUCGUCACGGCACUCUGAUGUCUUCCUAUCUAAGCUAGAGGGAAGCUUUUUAUAUAUAUACAAUGCUGAAAAGGGAAUAAGUUCAGGUUUUUAUUUUUUACAGAGUUAUUUUUUAAUUUGUCAUCAGUGCCGAGGUCUUCCAGCUGGAUAUCAGACCAGUUUACGUUGAUGCAGAUUAUCAGAUUUUUAGCAUAAUUAGGUCUUCAGGCUGUUGAACAGUCAGAUACUUUCAAAUGUUUGUAUCAGUGCAUUUAUGUGCUUAAGGAAAAUUCAAGCACUGCAUGCUGAAUAGCCAUUAUAGGCACCGAAAAGAUCCACUUCAGUUUGCAACACCAACAGAAUACAGACUAUUUUUUAAUUUUUUUUUAAUUUGUAAAUGACUCAGCCAAAGACACAGUGAUUAGUUUGUCCUGCGCUGCUCUGACACUGGAUAUUUUCAGUGCGUGGUAUCAAACUACUGACUAUUGCACUACAAAGCAGUAGAGGAUUUCUACAUUAAAAACUGAAACAGGAUCUACUUUAAUUGUGCCUUAUAUACACUUGACAUCAAGUACAGAUUAUUAAUUUGCAGCUUGUUUUCACGCUGAGGAAUUUACACCAGAAAUGUUGCAAUGAAUGAAAUAUGCGGCAAUAAAAUAAUAAACACUUUAAAGUGA